GUGUGUGUGUGUAGCCCAGCCUCAAGAGGAGGAACCAAACACCCUCACUCGAGCUAUUAUCAGUGAAAACCACCAAACUAAACACAUAAUAGACAUAACAGGGAAUACACGUGUUAUAACCUUAGACAGUAAAAUAAAUAUAACAGACAAAAAGAUGUCGUUCAUCCCCGGUCAUCCUGUCACAGCAGUUGUGCAACGGAUUGAGAUUCACAAACUACGUGAUGGUGAUAAUUUAAUAUUAGGAUUCAGCAUUGGAGGGGGAAUCGACCAAGAUCCAGGCCAGAAUCCUUUUUCUGAAGACAAGACAGACAAGGGAAUCUAUGUCACACGCGUGUCUAAAGGUGGACCUGCAGAGGUGGCUGGUCUCAGGAUGGGAGACAAAAUCAUGCAGGUGAACGGCUGGGACAUGACUAUGGUGACACACGAUCAGGCACGAAAGAAACUCACCAAGAAGAAUGAAGAUGUGGUCAGGCUUCUCGUCACUAGAAAAUCCCUGGAGACUGUAGUCAGACAGUCCAUGAUGCAACACUAAUGCAGAUCUGAAACACUAGAUCUAAUUGAAUGUCUUUAUUGGUUAAUCACAUGGUUAGAGCAUGUUUUAACUAAUGAAAAAACAAACAGCCUCCCUCAGCCAAAGAGUGAUGCCAGGAAACCCUUUACGCUCGGUAUGGACUAACAAGGACUAGUUAAAGAUCAUUGUAAUGUAUUGAACUCUAACUGAACCUGUGUGUGUGUGUGUGUGUGUGUGUGUGUGUAUGUAUGAUCGCUCUCAGAGUACAAUCUUAAGAUUGUGGUUUGCAUUCCAGAAUUUGUUACACUAAUUUCAAUUUAGCAACAGUUUAUACUACACUAUCUUUAGCACGUAUACUCCUGAAUGUAUCUUGGAGUUUAUAAACUCCAUAUCAUUUCAUUCAUAGAUCUCAAGGGCUACAGUGACUUGUGGUUGCCUAAUUUCUCUUUAACACUUACACCUACAUAUACACCCAUUAAUUAAUGAAUUGAUUAAUGUGGGAAACAGCCAACAUACAGUUGUUCUUAAAUGACCACUAAUUUUGCUUUUUUUUUUCCUCUUCAUCUUAUAACUAUGUUUUUUGUAUUUAAUUAGCCUAAUGAUGCUAUUGAAAUAUCAUCCUGAGAUAAACGGCUCAUUCUAGUUUUUUUCACCAUUGAAUACACUGCAGUUUUGUAUUUAGCAAAAAAAAAAAAACAAUUCCAUCAUUUUUCCUGUUUUGAAAAUGUUUAUGAUACAGAUAUUUUGUGGCGUUUGAUUGUAAGAAGAUAUAUUUUCACGUAAGCGAAUAAAGUAAUCUUCCAACA